AGGUACGUCAUGGAGUGAGUUGGACAUGGCAACCCUGGCGUUCGGCGGAGCGCAACCAGCGCCCUCGUUCCUCCUAUUGACCAUCACCCAACUACCCUCACUUCAUUCUGAGCGCCAUGGAGGACCCAGCACUUCGACCUGCAGGAGACCUCCCCCCAGAGUACUCUGAGGUCCCCAUCGACUCAGCGGUAUCUCCUGCCACCCCACGGACAGCACUCGCUACCGCCCCCGAUGGAAAUCCUCUCCUGCAAUCCGACGCAAACGUCAUCGCGCAGACGGUAGAACUCCCACCAGAUCCCGGCGCCAGUGCCGACAUUCAGCUCGACUUGAAGGAUCCCGAGGUAAGGGACAUCGGGUGGAACAGAGACCUAGCACAUCUACCGCCAACUAUCGUGCACGGUCUCUCCAACGAGGAUCUGUUCACUUUGAUCCGCAGAUUCAACAAGCAAAUAUACCAUGUCAAGGCGAUACCGCCGCCUCCACUGGGCCAACUAGAUCUGGAAAUAUCCGAGAAUGAGGAAUUUUCACCAGACAAGCUGCGCGCUCACCUCGAGCGGUUCUAUAUGAGCAUUAUCAUCGGGAUCGCCGCGUUCGGCAAGCACAUUGCACGCAUUCGCUCGUGGAACGAGCCACGCCGCACCGCUGGCUUCACCAUCGCAUACUAUCUCGCUUGGUUCAACAACCUCCUCGGUGCCCUCAUCAGCAUGACACUCCUCGUUCUCAUCAUGCACCCGCCCUCCCGUCGUUAUCUCUUCCCACCAGCCCCACUCGCCGCCGUAAGCGCGAAGUCAGGCAACCUCCAGGUCCCACGCGCGGGCACCAUCGGCAGCGGUGACAGCCUCUCAGGCGCACCAGAAGCGCACAAGGGCGAGGCAGUAGAGCAAGAAGCGACCAACUUCGUGUCGGGCGUCGCCUCCCUCGCCAUCGGCACCGCCACAGGGCAGAAAGUCGCACCGCACGCGGGCCAGUCGGAGGAUGUCGACGCCGCGAAGCAGGAGGAGGGUGGUAUUGGCGCUGCGAUGCCUGAGCCGACGCAGAUUGCGGCGCAGACGGCGGAUGCGACACACGUCGCUCAGGGCGCGCGGGCGGAUGGGAAGCACGAUGCGACCAAGACGCACGUCGAGGCGGCGAUGUGGGAGACCGCGCGUCCUGCGAUGCGUGCGUUGUCGGACGUCGUGGACACUUGGGAACGCUUCGGCAAUGCAUUGUCGCCGACGCCGCCCUUCUCGCACGCGCCCCGCCUUCGCCUCGCGGCGGUCGUACUAUCGCUGAUGGUUGCGAUGACGAUUGUACCAUCGGCGCUCUUCGUAAAGGCGACUACUUUCGGCAUCGGGUUUGCCAUUUUCGGACAGCCGAUCAUGACGCGUUCGGUGCACUGGAUAACAACGCGUUACCCCAACUGGAGAGAGGCCUUGGAGCUCAGGAGGACACUUCUAAAGGGUGUACCUACAAAUGCGCAACUGACCGUUACGCUUCUGAGGAUCGCCGAAGCACACAAGACUCCGCUGCCUCCUCCGCCUUCGACGAACAAGGUGACAGAGGGAGAAGAACAUAGCGACCCAGAGGCCGCGGUGAAGGAACGCGACUACGAGUUCGACGCGUCGAAUUACGAAGUCGAAAGCGCCCACGCGGACGAGAACGCACAGCAGGACAGCGAAGCCGACACCGACGGAAACGCAGGGAAGCCCAGAUCCGGGAACAAGCUCACCAAGCUGCUCAAAGGCACCGGAAAAGCGACAGUCAGCGGUGCGCUGGGCAUCGACCACAUAAAGGCGAAGAUGGGGUCCGAAGCAGCCAAGCGCCGACUGGGCGCCGUGCCUGAAGACGAGGACAAGGUCAUCACGAGCGAUGGCCCAACGGGCAGUCGAGUCGGCGUGGGCGACGGGCCGACGACCUACGCGGCGCGUAUGCACGGGAAGCGCGGCUACGUCGUGCUCGUCACGAGCGCCGCGUCUCCCUUUCUUUCGUUCGUGUGGGAGAAGGACUUGAAGCGGAACCUGGCGAGCAUCGCGAAGACCGUUGCUGCUGCUGUGAAAGCGGGGCCGGGGCCGGAGCCCGAGGUGCCUCCGGGGGUGUUCACGAUCGCGCUGAAGGAGGUGGGCGGGCUGAGGAAGGUGGGCGGGUAUGGGUGGAAGGGGAAGAUGGUCAUUGGGUGGGCGUUGCAGCGGGAGGUUGUUGACGGGCUUGAGAUUGAGGACGAGGCGGGUGAGAAGCGGGUCUUGACGGCGAUCAAGGGGAGGGACGAGCUGUUCAACAGGCUGAUCGCUGUGGGAGGACAUAGUUGGGAAUGUUACUGA